AUGAUAUUUUUCAAAACAAUUUCUUUAUUUUGUUCGUAAUUUAUUUCUGAUAAAAAACACCUCGCUCUUUGUAUAACUUUGUGUUCCAAAAAUCAAAAUAACCAUGAUGAAAGUACUGACACAAGAGAAUAAUAACACAAGUGAUGAUAAGUUUGUAGAAAACAAACAAAUAGAUCAAAAACAAACUAAAUCAGAAUUGGUGAGCCAAUGGAUUAAUACAUCAAGUUUCAACGACGACGACGAUGAUGACGAAGAAUCAAUUCUCUCCGAAAGUACUGCCGUUUCCUCGUCUGUAGUUGACAGUGAUUAUGAUCUUGGUUCUUUGAAUCUAGAAGAUCCAGAAGGUUCACGAAAAAUGAGUCUAACUAGCUCUAGCAAUACAUCGAAUGUUCCCAUCCAAUCAGAAGUUCUUCAACAUAUAUUCAAUAAAGAUAGUAGCAUACAAACUGUUGGCAAUGUGCAUAUAGAGAACUCGAGCCAAGUUCAUAUCGGCAAUGUUACUUACAUCACAGGCCCUAUUCACAUAACUAAUCCUAGCCAAGGUUAUAUAGAGAAAAUAUUCAAUAGCAGUUCAAAGAAUUUUCAUUCAAAUCUUCCUACAUCGCUUCCUUCUACUACCAAUGAAUCUAAAGUUGUACACCAGGGAAAGAAAGAAAAUGAGAGAUCGGCUCAGGAGGAGGAAUCUUGUAGAGAUGAUGCUUUUCUAGACAGUAACAUUAAACGCAAGUUAGCCCAACAUGUUUUGCAUAUAGUCGAACGACGCAGAUGGCUUGCACAGAAGCCCAUGGAACCCUACCAGACACUCUCUAAACCAGCUGAAUUGGUUAUAAUUUCACAUUCCGCCACCGAAAUGGCCACAUCUAUGCCAGAUAAUAUUUUUCUUAUAAGAAACAUUCAAUCUUUUCAUAUUGAAUCUUGUCGAUGGAAUGAUAUAGCUUAUAAUUUUUUGAUUGGAAACGAUGGCAAUAUUUAUGAGGGAAGAGGAUGGGGUGUUGUUGGUGCACACGCAAAAGGAUACAAUAACAUUUCUGUGGGUAUUUCAUUUGUUGGAUGCUUUAUGCGAGAGCUUCCUUCAGCGACGAGUCUAGCAGCUUGUAAAAAAAUUAUACAAAAGGGUGUCGAGAGUGGAUAUAUUGCACCUGAUUAUCAAUUAAUUGGUCAUUGCCAAUGCAGCCCUACAGAGAGUCCUGGGAGGAAACUUUUCGAAGAAAUACAAACUUGGGAUCAUUUCAACUUAGAUUUUGAUGUUUAGGGGUAAUUUAAUUCAAAAUCAACUGAAACUAUGUAUAUUUGCAUUAUUAUUAUGAGAAAAAGUAUUAAUUAUCAUAUACAAAACAAAAUAACAAACAACUUAUUUACUUAAUUACAAUUAUUAUUAUAUUUAAUAAUAUUUAUAUAUUUUUUUAUUUAAAAUCAAUUAUAAAAACAUUUGAUACAUUUUAUUCUCACAUUCACAGAGCUUAAUAAAAAUUUUAUAUUUUAUUUAAAAAAUAA